AAUAAUUAAAUAAAUUAUCAAAAAUUUAAAAUCAGAGUGUCAAAAAUCAUAAAACAAACCAUAUCAAAUUAAUAAUUAUAAAAGCAAUUUUUAAAAGAUAUGGAAGGAAUAUCUAAAGAGGAGCUUCGUAUCCAAUACGAUAGUCUAGAAAAUAAACCUCAAAUGGGUUUUCAAAUUCUACUUUCAAAUAUUUACUUUCUUCUAACCAAAGGCAUAGUCACGAACUAAAUAAUAGGAUCAAGUGGCAAUUCAUUUAUGCUUAAGUGCAACUAAAAGACACCAAAUGGUAUUAUUAUUUUAACUGUCAGGGCUAUUAUGGUUAACAGCUAUAGUACUCUUUCAAAUGCUGUUGAGUUAUAUGAGAAUUAGGUAGAUAUAAAAUAUGUAUCAGAAUAUAUUUAAGUUUAUGACUCCUUCUGCUACAAUAAAAAUGAUGAAGUAAUGAAUUACGUGAGAAGAGGAUUUUAUCGCUACACAAUUGAUGAAAUGUACAAGCUGAAUUCAUCAUUCAAAGGCUAAGGUGUUUUAAACCGCUUUGACCUUAUUUAAAAAUGGAUAGACUAAUUGAUAGAAGCAUUAUCUUUGCUACAUGAAAGAGGACUCUAUCACGGUGGUGUUAAGGCAUCUAAUAUCUUUGUAGAUGAAAAUAGCAAUUAAAUACGUAUUAUUGACUAUGGAUUUUACUCAUCUCAUGUAAAUUUGAUGAAUUAAAAUUACUCUAAAGAUGUGUACACUCCAUUAGUCUUUAAUGAGCUUGCAAAUUCAUUCGAUUAGAAGAGGUUUAAUGAUAUUUAUGCUUUAAUUAUUUUAAUCUAUCAAAUGGCUUUUGGCUUUGAUAACUCCCAUUACUAGAUAAAAUAGCUUUAAAAAGGAAUAACAUUUAACGAUGAGGAUGAUGGAAGAGAUCACGAAUCAGAUGAUACUUACGAAUUUAAGUUAAGGAUAAUUAAGCUUGUUAAUAAAAUAGUUUGUAAAGCAGCUCUAGGAACAGAAGAAUAACGCAAAAAGAUUACCUUAUUCUAUGUCUCAGAUGUGCUUUAAUAAAAAAGAAAUGUAGAAUCUUUCUAAAAUUCUCCUAAACACAUAGCUGAAACUCUAUAAGUAUUUGAUAAUGGUUAAAAAGUGGUUAUUUCAAGUGAAAGAGUUUUAGCUGCUGCAUAACCAUAAUAAUAAAAUUAUGAUGGCGACUCUAAGACAGAUUAUACCCAAGAAGAGCUCUAUCUAUAAGAAAUGAUUUAUUAAUAACAAAAGUAGCAUGAAUAAGAACAAAAAUAAAUAUAGUAGUAAAUUUAUUCGAAUGAAAAUUUAACUUUAUAACAAAAAAUAGACGUUUACAAAAAGUUAGACUAUGAAAAAUAUUAACACAGUAGCUCUUAAAAUAGUACAUCUAAUAUCCUAAGUCCAGAGAAAAAUUAAGCAGUAAUAAGCCCUCUAUUUUAAGUAAAUUAGAGUCAUCAGCUUAUGAGUGAAAUUUAAGAAUAAUAAGUUAAAAUCGAAAAUUAUGAAAAGGAAAAAUAAUAUAUCAAUCCAGUCGAAUAAGAAUAAAAACUUGAUUAAAUUUUGUAAAUGCAUAGAUAAGAAAAAGAUUUGAUAAUUAAUUAACAAAAUUCUGAUUAAAUAAAUUCUACAGCACUGGACAAAUAAAAUUCUAAUUUGGUUCAAGGCUUCCUUUAAGAUAAUAAAAUCAUAAAAUCAUGUUUUGAUUUUAAUUCUCCAAUAAAUACAUAACCUACUUCAAUUUCUUAACAUAUACGCACAUACUCGAGUGCUGUUUAUGAUCACGCACCUAAUUCUGCUCAAAUUGUUGAAAAUCCAGAAAAAAUUUAAGUUACACAAGAAACCAAACCUGAUGAAAUAGAUACUUAAUAGAAUAAAAUUUUAGAAGAAAAAUAUGAAGAUUUUUGGGUGAUAGAUUUAUCUCAUAAAAAUAGUGUAUAAAGAGGAGCAGAUUAUCAUCCUAGUAAGUACUAAGAAUAAAUUAAAUAAGCUUAAUUAAAAUAGUAACAAAAUGAAAUUGAAGACAUUUACACUCAAGUAAAUUAGAGAUCAAAUCAAAAAAUGACAAUAUAAUAAACUUUACUUAAAUAAAUUGAAUAAUUUGAUAAAUAAUAAUAAUAAUAAUAGUAAUAACAACCAGAAAAAACAAUUUAAUAAACAGCAUUUUAACAAGAUUCUCAUAAGGAUAUUUCUACCAGUUAAAAUUGUGAAAUCAAGACACCAUACAUGAGUACUGAAUAAAUCUUAUCUAACUCCUAAGAAAACUAAAUAAUCAGAUUUCCAAAUGGAGCUAUUCAGUAUGAAGGUUAGAUAUAAAGUGGAUAGAAAAAUGGCUAUGGAGUACUCUACAACUGUAAUGGCACAAAAAUGUAUGAAGGAAGCUUUAAAGAUGAUUUCUAUCAUGGUUUUGGAAUGGAAUAUUAUGAAAAUGGUUAAAUUCUUCAUUAAGGAAAUUUUGAAAAAGGAUUAUUAAAUGGAUUUGCUAAAACCUUCUACAAGAAUGGAAGCCUAUGUUACGAAGGAGAUUAUGUUGAAGGCAUAUGCCAUGGAAAUGGCACAAAGUACGAUGAGAGCUCAUCAAACUUCUAACAAGGUUAAUACUAAAAUGGAAAGAUGAUAGGAGUUCACAAGAAGUACCAAUAAAAUGGCUAAAUAAUAUUUGAAACUAAUUUUAAAAAUAAUAAAAGAGAUGGAAAAUCUAUUGAGUAUCAUUAAUAAGGUGGUAUUAGCUUUGAGGGAACAUAUAAAAACGGUAAGAAAAUGAAUGGUAUUGAAUAUGACCAUGAUGGAAAUAAAAUACAUGAAGGUGAUUAUGAAUAAUACGAAUUUUGA